CAGCUUUUUGGCUUGUGGGUAUCGGAAUGAUGAAAGAGCUCUCCUUUCUGGGAUCCGAGAAGCAAUUCGACGAAACCCUUUGCCGCUAAAACCAUUCCAAUCAAGGCAGUAGUGAUUGGGAGUGAGAGAUUAAUAAUGCCGGUGGUGGCGACCAGUCUCGUUUCGCUUCAGGAGAAGCUUAAAGUGGAGGAGCCAUACCUUCCUCCGCGCAAUUGGGAAUCUUUAUCUUCUCAGAGCCGCCGAUUUCUUCCUCCAACUCGUUCUUCUGCUUCUUCUUCCUCUGUCUCUGAAUCGAGCUUGAUCAGGUUGGCGUUGAAUGCUCUUCAAGGUGUUGAGUCUUCUCUUAUUAGCAUAGAGCAGAUCUCUUCGGCAUUAUGCUCUGAGCCAGCUGAUAGGACCCUCCACAAAAUUCCGAGCUUGUGGCAUCGGUUGUCAAGCACUGAUGCCUUGGGACAGAUUCUUAGAAAUAUAGGCUGCUUUGGUUCUUUGGUCUUUCUUCUCCAUAAGUUCGUAGACCAUUUCACAAGCUUGAAUUUGGAUGUGGAAACAGCUGUUGAGGGACAGGGGAGCUAUAAAAUUGGUGAAAAUGAAGAAGUCAAUAACAAAAGCUGCUAUACUCUUGUUAAUCAGGCUUUUGCUAUUGCUGUGAGAAAGGUCCUUGAAGGCUAUAUAUCUGGGCUGGAUACAUUAUGUGCAUCGAUAGAACUGAGGCGUUCGUCAAACAUUGUUGAUGGGUCUGACCAUGGUUCCUCUUCGUCAGGCUGCCUUACAAACGUCGUUCAUCCAAAGAUAACAUUAUUGGAAGUUUUUCUGCAUACUAGAGAGUUAAGAACACAGAUUGAAGCUCUUGCAAACAUAUGCAAUUUGUAUGAUAUACCCCUUUCUUACUGUGCCUCUCCUUGGGAAUGUCUGAUUACUGAAGCAACCACGCGAUUUCAUGGGUUCUACAGAGGAAGCGACCUGCUUACUUACUUAUAUACACAACUACAGGUUGCUGAUCCUGCUCACAGUGCUAUGCUUAAGUUUUUGUUCCUCAAAACAUGUGAGCCAUAUUGUGAGUUUAUAAGAUCUUGGAUGUUUAAAGCCGAACUUAAUGAUCCUCACAAGGAGUUCAUUGUGGAAUGUCUCAGCGAAUCGACAUCUUUUUCUUGGAAUAAGCCUGGCACCUCCCCAUUGAAGAGCGUAAGGGAGCAAGGAGGGCUUGUUCCGUGUUUCUUGAACGGCUUCUUGGAACCUAUACUAAGGGCUGGUCAACAGCUUCAAGUAAUUACAAAACUUCUGGAACUGUGUAAUCUUCCUGCGUCUGGACACAAAAAUUACACAGAUCUUCUUCCGUGUUGGACGUAUUUUUCUACUUCUAGUCCAGGGCACCCAUCUCCAAUAACUUUCAGCAAAUUACAAAUAGAAGUGAUGGUAAAGAAAAGAGACGAUUACUACAGAAUGAUGCAAGAAAAACUUGGUGACUUUUCAGAAAAGUUUGAGCUCUUCCCUGGGCAGGUUCCUGGAGCAUUAUCUUUACCAAUAUCCUAUGGCGACGGAGACAAAAAUUCUGUUUAUUUCACACUGGAUGAGAGUUUACUAAUUCCUUCAACAGUGGCAAUAGACUUGACCAGGGACCAGAGUGGCUCAGAUUCUGAUGACCAGAAUACAGAAGACAGAUGGUUUUCAGAGAUAGAUGUAUCAUGCUCAUCUGAAUGUUCAUCGACUAGGGAUUCUUUGGAAGCAUCCGAUGUUGGACUCCUUGAUUCACAAAGUACAUUAGUGGGACCUCCACCAAAUUAUUUAUCAGCUCUACGUUUCUCUGUUGCCUCUGAUGGGAAUUGUAAGCAGAAUCUGGUUCAGCAUAGUGAUUCAGGUUAUAUAGACAAUAAUUUUGUGAAGCAAGGUGAGAAGGCAGAUACUAAUCAUCAGUGGAUGGAUACUAUUACUGAGCCAGAAGAGUCAACUGGAGUAUGUGAAGAUGAUAAAUUUAGGGGGCCUAUUUCUAUUAAGUCAUGGCCCCUUGGCGGAUUACCUAGAAAUCCGCUUUGUGUUGAUAAGAAGUCUGCAGAAGAUGACAGAGAAGAUCCAAGAAAUGAUUCAGGAGCUAUGACGGAACAGAGGCACUUAAUGAAUACUGAUGAAGGCAAACUAUUUUUAAACAACAUUUCCACCAGUGGCAGCUGUUCAAAGCACGAGAGGAGACAUGAUUUGCUGGAAAACUGUCUUUCAUCGAAAUUAGAUUUGAUGAAAGACACAAAGGUAAACUACCCUUACGAGGUGCUCAGUAUGAAUCCUUUACUGAGAUGUGAUUUCUUGCGCAAGCAUGGAAAUACAAACAGCAGGAACCAGGGGAAAUCAUUGCCUUGGUUUGAUUUUUCUGCGGUGGAUGACCCUUCAAAAACAUGUCUUACCAGGAUACCUGUACGAGUCCCUAUUGAUUUUCAUAAGGAAUCUCAUAGUUUUCAGACUGAUAGAAAGCGCCAUCGCCAUGCCAACCAAGAAUGUGGGAUAGAUAGGUUUGAUGUUGAAGAACCUAAAGUUUCUUGCAGUCAUUUAUCUUCUGGUAUAAAAGGUUGCGCUGAAGAAAAAAAAUUAAAUGCAUUUGGUGGAGGUAGAUGGGAGGGUAUGCUUCGUAGAUCAAAUAACCCUGAAACUAGUGCCUUUAGUGAUCGCAGACAGGACUCCUCUGGCACAUUUGAAUUGCCACUUGAUUUUGUUAUAGACAAGUGUCUACUGCAGGAAAUUCAUCUUCAAUAUAACUUUGUCAGUAAGCUAGCUAUCAAGUUGCUCGAAGAAGGAUUUGGCUUGCAAGAACAUCUGCUAGCUCUACGUAGAUAUCAUUUCAUGGAACUAGCAGAUUGGGCAGAUGUAUUUGUAGUGUCCGUUUGGCAUCAUAAAUGGCUUGUUACAGAGGCAGAUAAGAGAAUUGCAGAAAUCCAAGGGUUUCUAGAAUCAUCAAUUCAGAGAUCAUCAUGUGAACGAGACAUUUGUAAGGACAGGUUAUUUUUGUACAAAAGACAAGGCACAAUGCAUAUCCCACCAUCAACCAUUGGAGUGCGUUCCUUUGAUUUCCUAAGGUUGGGUUAUCGAGUGGACUGGCCAAUCAGUAUAAUUUUAACAUGCGAUGCCCUGAAAGCGUAUGCGGAUGUAUUUAGUUUCCUGGUUCAAGUGAAACUAGCAGCCUAUGUAUUAACUGAUGUCUGGUGUUCACUGAAGGAUGUAAGACAUAUGAUGCAUGAGAAUAAAGAGAAGAUAUUGAAGCAAGAACUCCGGUGGUUGAACAUAUUGAUGAAACUAAGGCAUCAGGUCAACCAUUUUGUAACAGCACUACAGCAAUAUGUACAUUCAGAAUUAUCUCACGUAUCAUGGUCCAAGUUCCUUCAUUCCCUGAAAAAUAAGGUCAAGGAUAUGAUGGAUCUUGAAUCUGUGCAUAUGGCUUAUCUAAGUGAGGCUUUGCGCAUAUGUUUCCUAUCUGACGAAACUCGAGUCAUAUCUAACAUCAUAGAGAACAUCUUGCAAUGCGCACUGGAUUUCCGGUCUUGUCUUCCCAGAGGUAUUCAGAGUACAGAUCGAGUCCCAAACGAUUCACAGACAAAAACACUAGGCAUAAACACAUCUCAGGUGAUAAUGAGACAGGUAGAGAGAAAGAGGAAAAGAGAGAUAAUGAGCUUGGUUUUCGCCAUUAACGGGCAAAGGUUCGAGCUUGAGCUCUCCUCUGUUGACCCUUCAACAACUUUGUUGGAGUUUCUUCGUUAUCAGACUACUUUCAAGAGCGUUAAGCUCAGCUGCGGUGAAGGAGGAUGUGGUGCUUGUGUUGUUCUUCUGUCCAAGUACGAUCCUGUUUUACAAAAAGUAGAAGAUUUUACCGUCAGCUCUUGCCUCACUCUCCUCUGCAGCGUCAACCACUGCAGUAUUACGACAUCAGAAGGACUUGGGAACAGCAGAGACGGUUUCCACCCGAUUCACAAGCGGUUAUCCGGUUUCCAUGCCUCUCAAUGUGGUUUCUGUACCCCUGGGAUGUGUGUUUCUCUGUUCUCUGCACUCUUAGACGCUGACAAGUCUGAAUCUUCCGAGCUUACGGUUGUCGAAGCAGAGAAGGCUGUCUCGGGAAACUUAUGUCGGUGUACUGGUUACCGUCCGAUUGUUGAUGCUUGUAAGAGCUUUGCUUCGGAUGUUGACAUUGAGGAUCUUGGACUCAACUCUUUCUGUAGGAAAGGGGAUAAAGAUUCUAGUAGUUUAACUCGGUUUGAUAGUGAGAAGCGUAUUUGUACAUUUCCGGAGUUUCUCAAGGAUGAGAUUAAGUCUGUGGAUUCUGGAAUGUAUCGAUGGUGUAGCCCGGUGAGUGUUGAGGAACUAUCGAGCUUAUUGGAAGCUUGCAAGACUAAGCGUGAUGGAGUAUCUAUCAAAUUGGUUGCUGGUAACACAAGUAUGGGAUACUAUAAGGAUGAAAGAGAGCAGAGUUACGACAAAUACAUAGAUAUAACUCGAAUCCCGCAGCUCAAAGAGAUAAAAGAAAACCAGAAUGGGGUUGAGAUCGGAUCAGUGGUAACAAUCUCUAAAGUUAUUGCUGCUCUGAAGGAGAUUCGGGUCUCUUCGGGAGUAGAGAAUAUGUUUGGGAAACUUGCUACUCAUAUGGAAAAGAUUGCGGCGAGAUUUAUCAGGAACUUAGGUAGCAUUGGGGGAAACCUUGUAAUGGCUCAGAGGAAACAGUUUCCUUCUGACAUGGCCACAAUACUUCUUGCAGCUGGGGCAUUUGUUAACAUAAUGAGCUUGCCAAGAGGACUCGAAAAGCUAACACUCGAAGAGUUCCUUGAACGUUCUCCUCUUGAGGCUCAUGAUCUGGUUCUGAGUAUUGAAAUUCCUUUUUGGCAAUCUGAAACAAACUCUGAAUUACUCUUUGAAACCUAUCGAGCUGCACCGCGUCCAAAUGGAAGCGCUCUGGCUUACCUGAAUGCUGCUUUCUUUGCUGAAGUGAAGGAUACAAUGGUAGUUAACUGUAGACUGGCUUUCGGGGCUUACGGGACCAAACACGCCAUUAGAUGUAAGGAAAUUGAAGAGUUCCUGUCUGGUAAAGUAAUAACUGAAAAAGUUCUGUAUGAGGCUAUUACCUUACUUGGCAAUGUCGUGGUGCCUGAAGACUGUACAAGCAAUCCCGCUUACAGGUCAAGCUUGGCGCCGGGAUUCCUUUUCAAGUUCCUUCACACCUUAAUGGCUCAUCCUACUACAGAUAAACCUUCAAAUGGUUACCACUUGGAUCCACCAAAACCGUUGCCAAUGUUGUCUUCUUCACAACAUAUUCCUAUAAACAAUGAAUAUAAUCCAGUUGGUGAGCCUGUUACUAAAGCUGGAGCUUCCCUUCAGGCUUCUGGUGAGGCUGUUUAUGUGGAUGAUAUUCCAUCUCCCACAAACUGCCUCUAUGGAGCAUUUAUCUAUAGCAAAAAGCCAUUCGCACGGAUAAAAGGUAUUCAUUUCAAGGAAAAUUUGGUACCUACUGGAGUUGUUGCAGUCAUUUCUCGCAAGGAUGUUCCUAAAGGUGGAAAGAAUAUUGGUAUGAAGACUGGAUUAGGCUCCGACCAAUUAUUCGCAGAGGAUUUCACCAUUACUGUAGGCGAAUGCAUCGCCUUCGUGGUUGCUGAUACGCAGAGACAUGCAGAUGCUGCAGCAAAUCUUGCAGUAGUUGAAUAUGAAACAGAGGAUUUGGAAUCACCGAUCUUAUCUGUAGAAGACGCGGUCAAGAAAUCUAGUCUGUUUGACAUUAUCCCUUUCUUUUAUCCACAACAAGUUGGUGAUACAUCAAAAGGAAUGGCUGAAGCUGAUCAUCGAAUUCUCAGCUCGGAAAUUCGACUCGGGUCGCAAUACUUCUUCUACAUGGAGACACAAACAGCUCUUGCAGUGCCAGAUGAAGACAACUGCAUUGUAGUCUAUAGUUCAACUCAGACCCCUCAGUACGUACACUCCUCGGUCGCUGCUUGCCUAGGCAUCCCUGAAAACAACGUCCGUGUCAUAACCAGACGUGUUGGUGGAGCUUUUGGAGGAAAAGCUGUCAAGUCAAUGCCAGUUGCAACAGCGUGCGCUCUUGCUGCUAAUACACUGCAGCGUCCUGUGAGGACUUAUGUAAACCGCAAGACCGAUAUGAUAAUGACUGGCGGGAGGCAUCCGAUGAAGAUAACCUACAGUGUGGGUUUCAAAUCCACAGGGAAGAUCACAGCUUUGGAGCUAGAAAUACUAAUUGAUGCAGGGGCAAGUCUUGGUUUUAGUACGUUUAUUCCAUCAAAUAUCAUUGGGGCGCUAAAGAAGUACAAUUGGGGCGCCUUAUCUUUUGAUAUCAAACUUUGUAAAACAAAUCUUCUAAGCAGAGGAAUCAUGAGAUCCCCCGGAGAUGUGCAGGGUACGUAUAUCGCUGAAGCCAUCAUCGAAAAUGUAGCCUCUAGCCUCUCUUUGGAGGUUGAUACAAUAAGAAAGAUUAAUCUCCAUACAUAUGAGAGCUUAGCUCUAUUCUACAAGGAUGGUGCUGGUGAACCACAUGAGUAUACUUUGUCUUCGAUGUGGGAUAAGGUUGGCGUAUCUUCCAACUUUGAGGAGAGGGUUUCUGUUGUCAGAGAGUUCAACGAGUCUAACAUGUGGAGAAAACGAGGGAUAUCUCGAGUACCCAUUAUUUAUCAGGUUUCAUUGUUUUCAACUCCAGGGAGAGUAAGUGUUUUGAGCGAUGGCACGAUUGUUGUUGAGGUUGGUGGAAUCGAGCUAGGACAAGGGCUAUGGACAAAGGUGAAGCAGAUGACUAGUUAUGCUCUUGGUGUGCUACAAUGCGAUGGAACAGAAGAACUCUUGGAGAAGAUAAGAGUUGUACAAUCAGAUUCAUUGAGCAUGGUCCAAGGAAAUUUCACAGGAGGUAGCACAACAUCCGAGGGAAGCUGUGCAGCUGUUCGUCUCUGCUGUGAAACCUUAGUCAAAAGAUUGAAACCUUUGAUGGAGAGAUCGGGUGGUCCAGUCACCUGGAAGAAGUUGAUAUCUCAGGCUUAUGCUCAAUCCGUGAACUUAUCAGCUAGUGACUUGUAUACUCCAAAAGACACUCCCAUGCGGUACCUGAACUAUGGUACUGCGGUCAGCGAGGUUGAAGUAGACCUUGUGACGGGACAAACCACGGUUCUACAGACAGAUAUCUUAUAUGACUGUGGAAAAAGCCUCAAUCCCGCUGUUGAUUUAGGACAGAUUGAAGGAUCUUUUGUGCAAGGACUUGGGUUUUUCAUGCUUGAAGAGUACAUAACAGAUCCAGAAGGACUCGUUGUGACAGACAGCACAUGGACAUACAAGAUCCCGACCGUUGACACCAUUCCUAGACAGUUCAACGUUGAAAUACUAAACAGUGGAUGUCAUGAAAGACGUGUACUCUCUUCUAAAGCCUCAGGAGAGCCUCCGUUGCUACUGGCAGCUUCGGUGCACUGCGCCACGAGACAGGCUGUUAAAGAAGCGCGCAAACAGCUACACAUGUGGAAAGGUGAGGACGGUUCCUCUGAUUCAACGUUUCAGUUGCCUGUUCCGGCUACAAUGCCGGUUGUGAAGGAGCUAUGCGGUCUAGAUAUCAUUGAAAGCUACUUGAAGUGGAAAUUACGCUCCAACUCAUAAUUAUAAGUAACAACAAUUUAUGUAUUUAUAAAACAAAAAGAAUUUCUCCUUUUUUGCUUUGUUUCCUUCUUUCAAAAUACUCUGUUUCUGGUCUCAAUCUGUUUGAUGGUAUGAUUUACUUAGUCAUUCAGGAUUUUGUCGAUUAAUAAAGAAAUCUGAUUUUG